CAUUCACUGCUCGUACUAUUAAAUACAAUCCAUAAAAAUAGCAUGAUUUGACAACUUGACUUCCAUAAAAACAUGCGGGACUGAAACUAUAGCAAGAACAAAAUGGACCAGGUUAUGACAAAAGAGGAAAGCUACGCGGAGCGAAGGCAACUGUUUAAAGACAUCUGGAAGACCUCCAUGAAUAUGGCCGACCAAGAAGAUAUCAUGACUAAGCCUAAAGUUAUCAAGACCCUAAGACUAAGUGAAAUGGAUCGGUGUGUAGCGAAAAAGAAGAAGAAACAGAAACUUAAAAACCUUCGAGCGGUCUGCAAUCAAUUGUUAGAUUUCUGCGAUCGUCAAGACACGGAUGAUUUUUUCUAUGAGCAGAUGGCCACAGCAGGAGGUAAAACCCCUUCAACUCCUUCAGAUACUGUAGAACCAAAAAUCAAGAAGAAGCCGGUGAAAAUAAAGAAGAAAAUAAAUAAAACGAAGAUCCUUUUGUGUGCACCAGCUAUUCACGUUGGGACAACCACAGCCACCAUAUCGCACAGAAAUGAUCUGCUACCAAUCAAUAUUUCGAGAAACACCUCUCCUAUGAAGGUUAAACAGCCAUACAUUUCAUUUGCGUCAAGCAAUUUAUCAAAAACCAACCCUACUCAUUCCAACAUAGUACGUCGGACAGUCAAAAAAAGUCGAAGCAAGAAAAAGGAGAUCUCUUUAAAUAUGCCAAAAGUUAUUAUGAACGGCGAGAUCUAAAUAAUUUAAAAAAAUAAUUAAAUGAACUACCUAACCUUACCUUUUUAAGUAAGUUGGGUAUCCAGGAAAUAAGAUAUAAAUCGAUGGCCAAUGUCUUACGUUCAUUCCCAAUCUCCUUAAAUUAAAGUUAACGUGCAAUUAAUCACCAUCAUCCGGCUCUAGUGUCCUAAAGUUACCAUUGCUAAAGCUAGGUAAAUGUUCCCUAAAUCCUUCUUAAUAUUACGAGUAUGUACCUACUCCCAAAAGAGAGCUGCAUUAUUAAAAAAAUAUGAGAAUCUGUGAUACUUAAUCCACUGAAUUAACUAUAUUACUAAUUAAAAGGUUAUUUAUACUGUACCGAAGGUUAUUAAAAUAUAUCGGACCACUUUUCA